AUGAUAUUCGAUCCAGUCCCCAUCGAGCUCCCAGCCUCAUACGAAAAGGUCCCAACAAGCGGCCAUGUCACUGUUUCACACCAUCCCCCGGGUACACCAACAGCGACACCCGUUAUCAUAGUGACACUCAAUCGACCGGCAAAUAGCAAUGCGUUUACCUCACAGAUGGUUGGGGACUUUGAGAAAUUAUAUCCCAUGUUCGAUGUCGACGAGCGCGUCAAAGUGAUUGUCCUAACUGGUGCGGGAAAGGUCUUUUGCGCUGGAGCAGACCUAGACAUUGGAUUCAAGAGACCCCAAGAGAGGCCCGCCGAUCAUCGGGAUGGUGGCGGACGCGUCGUACUCGCCAUCCAUCGUUGCCGUAAACCAACAAUCGCGGCCAUGCAGGGUUCCGCUGUCGGAGUGGGAAUGACCAUGACCCUUCCAGCCAUCAUUCGAGUUGCCUACGCGAAGGGUAAAUAUGGGUUUGUUUUCGGUCGACGGGGUAUCGUUAUGGAAUCAUGCUCAUCCUUUUUUUUGCCUCGCUUGAUUGGCUUCUCCAACGCCAGCUAUCUCGUUAGUACAGGAGGUAUAUUCCCACCUACUUCAAAGCACUUUGGUGAUCUAUUCAAUGAGAUCCUUCCCGAACCGUCGCAGGUUCUGCCUCGGGCACUCGAAUUAGCAACUGAAAUUGCGGAGAAUGUCAGUCCAACUUCGCAAUAUCUCAACCGUGAAAUGAUGUGGCGAAACCCAGGCACUGCGGAGGAAGCUCAUCUCCUGGAAUCGAAAAUUAUCUGCCACACCUUUGGAUCGGAGGACCAAAAGGAAGGGGUCAAGUCGUUCUUUGAGAAGCGAAAGCCUCAAUUUGGAGCCAACUUGGAUAAUGACCCUCCUGCUAGCGUGCCCUGGUGGAUGGAAGUUGAUACUGGCAGGAACCCCAAGGCAAAAACGCCUGCCAAGCUUUAA